AUGCCCUGUGAUGUCUUCAGUGGUUACCUUACUGCUCCUCCUGUGGAUCCAUUUGCAAAAAUCAGAGUGGAUGACUGUGGAAAAACCAAGGGAUGCUUCAGGUACGGUAAACCUGGAUGCAAUGCGGAGACUUGUGACUACUUUCUGAGUUACCGUAGAAUAGGAGCUGAUGUUGAAUUUGAGUUGAGUGCCGAUACUGAUGGCUGGGUGGCGGUGGGAUUUUCCUCAGACAAGAAAAUGGGAGGAGAUGAUGUCAUGGCUUGUGUUCAUGAUGAUAACGGAAGAGUCCGAAUACAGCACUUCUAUAAUGUCGGUCAAUGGGCUAAAGAAAUCCAGAGAAAUCCUGCUAGAGAUGAAGAAGGGGUUUUUGAAAACAAUCGUGUAACGUGUCGAUUCAAGCGUCCUGUGUAUGUUCCCCGAGAAGAAACCAUCGUAGAUCUGCACUUGAGUUGGUACUAUCUGUUUGCCUGGGGUCCAGCAAUUCAAGGUUCUAUAACUCGUCAUGAUAUAGACUCACCGCCUGUAUCAGAGCGUGUUGUCAGUAUUUACAAGUAUGAAGAUAUUUUCAUGCCAUCAGCUGCCUAUCAGACCUUCUCCUCUCCAUUCUGCUUGCUCCUCAUUGUUGCACUGACCUUCUAUUUAUUGAUGGGAACCCCGUGACCGAUGGAAAACAGCAAGAAUUUAUCAGUGGAAGUCUCUCAGGAUGGACUGCUAUACGGAUGGAUGAUGCAUUUUUCUAUUGGAAUUUAUAUCACACCACCAUCAUCAUCUAGCUGCUUUUGAACAUAGUUAGCUUCUCAGAAGAAUGAAAUAACCAUCUCCUUUGAGUGGCAGAGUGGUGACAAACCAUUUAAGAAUAAUCAGUGAACACAUAGCAGAAUAUUUUCAGUGUUGUGACUACUUGCUUAAAGAAAAGGAGACUUUUAUAAAAUCAAUGUGCGUGCGUGUGUGCGUAUGUGUGUUUGGGAGGGGUGUCUGUAUGUGUGUUUAGGCAAAUCUAGUGAUUGACAUCUUAUCAAAUAACAAAAUUGCCUUCCAAAUUGCUCCCAAAAAGCAAAUUUGGGAAAGCAUUAUAAUGCUGUUCGGUAGUUCUGGUGCAGACAGCACAACUCCAAGUGCAGCUUCUGAACUUAAGAUCAGGGUACCAACACAGCAGUAUAAAACCUGCCCUUCA